UCUACAGUUGACUAGCAUAGCAACUUGGCCAGCGUAAACAAAAUUAAGAAAUUCUUUGACCAUUUUUCAGUUGCAGGCUUCACGACACUUCUCCAACACAUUCUAUGGACUGUUCAAAAACCUAGAGGGCAUUACUAUAACCUCGCAGUAGUCUUCAUAUUGGCUAUGGCUUCAGAAGAAAAGGGUCCAGACGGGCCCCUCCCUCCACCAGGGGUUAGUUCUCGCCCCCUGCGGGAUGUCAUGGAGGGUCUCUUUCAGGAGCAGAAGUAUGACAUCUUACUGAGGACCAAGGGUCACUUGAAUCACAACCGGCUCUCAAAGCCCCCUGAGAUGGCAACCCACAAGCCUUGGGAGAGUUCGGGCAAGGAGGUACCCCUGCUGCUUGCCCCAAGCAAGCUGCCCUCGCCGAGACGUGCACAGAGUAAAGAAGAAGAAAUGGUGCAGGCCUUGUAUCACUUCAGCACAGGUACAGCUGGGAGUUUGCCUCACCCUACCCCAGCAGACCUAAGGACGGACCAGAGAACUACCAAAGCAUCCGCAGGUAGUCACCAUGGUAGCAGAGCCCAACCCCAGAGAGCGUCUAAUUUGGAUGCUCGGAUGGAUUCCCCAGCUUCGUACAUUGACGAUGGCGUUUGCGUUGAAGAGCUGUCCCUGCCCGAAAUCAUGCUCCCUGUUUCUCGUCAGAAAACAACUCGGGGGAUCUCACGGACCCAGUCUCCCCCCCACCGGUUGCCUCCAUUUGAUAAGAGGGAGGACAGGAGUGCUGGAGGGAGGGACUUGCACAAGCAACAAUUUGUGCAAAGCCACCUGGCUGGGAUUACGAAAAGAGACCAGCUCAAUAGGUUUCUGGACUUUCAGAAGAACGUACUGAGGAAAGAGGAGAUGUAUGAGAAAGGGGUCUUAACAGGGAGGAAAGCAGUGGCACAUUUGGAAAGGAAAUUAUAUGAGAAACUUCAGGAGCUGAAUGUGGAGGCUAGAUUCAGUGCGCCAAACUUUCACCGGUUGCAGAUCUACAGUGAUAUCUGGGAUGAACUCAUCGAAGAAACCCCAACCUUUGCCAAGGUCCUGCUGGAAGUCAAGGGUGAGUUUGACCUUUACAUGGGGUUACUACUGGACACACAGCCUCACAAGCAUGGUGAGAUCCUGAGCCAGCAGGUCAGGGGACUGACUGCUAGUGGUGUGGUCCUGCCUGGAGAACUGGCUAUUGGUCAGGACGUGGUCAAGAAAAUGGAACAGGAGACUAAGAAUCUGCUUGAAGAAAAUGACAGGUUACGAGAGACACUGCGCAAAGAAGAACAUGGGGUUGCCAAGCUUCCGCCUCUCAUCGGCCUCCCCGACCCCAUCGCCGCGAGGGUCAAGGCCAAGGAAGAGGAGAUAGUCCUGGGCCAGGGGGACCAGGUUCUGGAACACCAUAAUAAGAUCCUAGACCUGCAGGGUGAGAUAGAAGCCCUGACAGAGGACCUUCACGAGCACCAUGUGCCUCGGUCUAUCUGUGACCAUAUGGAAGGCUGUCUGAGGGAUACGGAGGCAGAGGUGCUCAAACUCCUCUCCACUAAUGAGUACUUGGCGAAGACAAUACAGGGUCUGAGUGUGGAUGUGGACAAACUUCUCGAGAGGUAUGAUGCACCCGAUACAGAUAUCAGAGCCAUUUGGAAGAGUAUCAACACUAUAGGUGCCAUGACAUUUCCAGGAGUAUACUAGGAGCUUGCCAGUAAAUAUGGAUCCUACUAUGGCCAGUGUGGUGUUUGUAUACAAGGAACAUUUUUUCUUGGUUUAUGGAUGAUAGCUGAAUUGAACAUUGAAAAUCUAUGGGCAGUAAAU